AAAAGGAGUUAAAGGAGCACAACCAGGACCAGUGUUGUCAUGGCUCCAAAGAGUUAAAAUUGCUGUCGGAGCAGCAAAAGGAUUGGAAUACCUGCAUGAGAAAGCCCAGCCUCAUAUCAUUCAUCGUGAUAUAAAGUCAAGAAAGUGAAAGUGAGGAUGAUGGUCUUGACAUGGGUGAUGAUGAUGAUGUUGAGGAACUUGAAAAUGAACCAGAGGUUGUUAGGAAAGAACCAACCAUUGAGAAACCUACUCCUGUUUCAGCACCACCGAAAGAUGCUGAAAGGCAACUGUCAAAGAAGGAGCUUAAGAGAAAGGAAAUGGCAAAGUUGGAUGCACUUCUACAUGAAAUGGUCAUUGCAAAUAAAGAUAGUAAUACUGCACAAAAUGAGACAGCUGACAAGAAGCAACUGGAGCAAUGUAGUGAAGGGGAGAAGAAAGAAAGUGUUGGUGCUCCUUCAGAGAACAGAAUCUUAAAGAAGAAGAAAUCUAAGAAAGAAAAUCAUCAAAGGAACAAGAAGAGCAUGAUCAAAAAUAGGAGAAAGGAGACAUUGAAGCUGAAGUGGCAGAUGCAUCUGCAGUUGACGUAA